CAAGCUCUUAAAAAUUUGUCAUAGUUAAGGAAGCUUAUGAAAUGGAAGACUCCUAAUUCUUCACUGGUCUUUCUGAAACAUUUUUCUUGCUCUUGCGGAUCCUCUGUGAUCAUCAAUACCACCCAGUUUCUUUUGUUGGCCAUUGAGACUCCAUGGUCACAGAGACAGAGGAACCGAGAGGAUGGCCACUCGGGCUUGGGAUUAUGAACGUAAGACUUAGAGUAAGGGAGAGCUUACCGGCUGCUGCAGUACAGCCCUACUCUGUGCACAUGCCAUCAACCAGUUUCUCCUCAUUCUCAUCCUCUAACCUUGAUACUGAGUCCACAGCAUCUUUCUUUCAAGACCGUAGCAUGUCACUGGGCCGGCUAAUUGGGAUUAAACCAGGUGAAAGAGGAGGUUUCUACGUCCCAAACUCAAUCCAUCUUGAAGAGCAACAAAGGAUAUCUACAGGGGAUGCACACUCUGAUGCCUCAGGGAAUGGAGUGGAUAUGUCACGGGCAAUUUGCAUACCACUAGUACUUGGCGCUCUAAUAAAGAUGAACCGAAGUAAGAGCAAGUCAAGAAAGUAGUGCUUGAUGGCAAGGCCACUUGUUUGUUUCUGAUAUGCAAGAGGAAUUAUUUGUAUUCAGAAGUGAAUUACUCAUUGUUACUUCAUAAAUUUUAUCCUAAUAGAAUUCUGAUUUUUUUUUUUU